AUGAUUGGCAAGACCCUGAUCGUCGCGAGCUGGCUCGCCAGCACCGCUGUUGCGGAGACAGUCCACGGCGUAGUUGUCUUCACCCGCCACGGAGAUCGUAACACCAAGCACUAUGGAGCCCAGGCCAUCACCAGCGUUGGAGCCCAGCAGUGCUUCCAGGUUGGCAGCGACUACCGCGGCCGUUACCUGGAGUCUGGCUCCCCCCACCGAAUCCUCGGCAUCUCGGAGGACAAGUACGUCUCAUCGCAGGUUUACGCGAGUGCUCCGGACCAAAGCCUCUUGAAGAACUCUGCAACGGCUUUCUUGCAGGGUUUGUACCCUCCCCUGGUAGAGCUCGACGCUGAAGUCGCAACUUCAACCCUCAACAACGGCAGUGAAAGUACCAGCCCCUUGAACGGCUACCAAUAUGUCUUCCUCCACGGCGAGAACUCCAACUCCCCCGACACCAUCUGGAUCAAGGGCGACGAUGGUUGCCCCGCGAACGCCGCGGCCUACAAGGCCUUUGAGGCCAGUGAGGAAUUCAAGACCCGCAUGGAGACAACCAAAGACUUUUAUGGCGGCCUCUACGACGUCCUUGAGAGCGUGUACGACUACAAGCCCGAGAACAUGACUUACAAGAACGCCUACGACAUCUUCGACCUCAUCAACGUCGCUCGCAUCCACAACAGCACCUCCCUGGCUCGCAACGUCACGGACGAGGAGCUUUUCCAGCUGCGCACCCUCGCCGACAGCGCCGAGUUUGGCUACAACUUCAACGCCUCUCAGCCCGAGCGUGCCAUCCACGCGCAGACCCUCACCGCUGGUAUCCUCACCCAGCUGAACCAGACCGUCACUUCCAAGGGCAAGCUCAAGUUUUCCCUUUUAUCCGGCAGCUACGAUACAUUCCUUGCCUUCUUCGGUCUCACAGAUCUCGUCAGCGUGUCGGCAAACUUUACUGGUCUGCCAGACUACGCCUCGACCAUGGCCUUCGAGCUCUACAGUGAUGACGCCACGACGUUCCCCGCCAAUGCAGACGACGACCUCCGCGUGCGCUUCCUCUUCCGCAACAGCACCUUCGGCGAGCUGACCGCGUACCCGCUGUUUGGAGCUAACGAGGAGACUCUCUCGUGGCCGCGUUUCGUGAGCGAGAUGCAGGAGCGUGCCAUCAGCACCGUCGACGAGUGGUGCGCCGCCUGCUCCAGCAAGGUGUCCUUCUGCCCUGCCAGCCAACGCGAAGUGUCCAGCUCAGCCUCUAGCAAGAGCAGUGGUGGCAUGUCCAACGCUGUUGCUGGUGUCAUUGGUGCAAUGGUCACACUUGGUGUUGUAGCCAUUGCCGGCGGCAUUGCUUUCCUAGUUGUGAGGAAGCGCCGUUCUACACAUUCUGGCGUUGCUGCUUCAAGCCAGGGUGUUAGUGCUGAGAAGUCGAGCCUGUACAGCGGAGGAAGUAAAAGCGUUUAG